GCCAUAUAUACUCCCUACACAAACAUACGCAAUCACACACCUAGGGUUUGUAGAAAAUUAAUCGAUCGGAACGAUAGGAAAGGAAAAUAGAGAAGAAGAAUGAGAGGAUCUUACUAUACGUUUUACCAGAGAGCUUCCCAUGCGUUUCGUGAUUAUCCUUCUCUGUCCAAACUUGUCGUAAUCUGCACCAUCAGUGGUGGUGGACUUGCAGCCUAUUCUGAUGUGAGGCCAUUUGGAAACGUUUAUGCUGAUGCAGCUCAACCUGCCAUCAAGAAAAAGAAAGUGGUAGUUCUAGGAACAGGUUGGGCAGGAACAAGCUUCCUGAAAAACUUGAAAGAUCCCUCCUUUGAUAUUCAAGUUGUUUCACCUUGUAACUAUUUCGCAUUCACCCCUUUGUUACCAAGUGUCACAGUUGGCACUGUUGAAGCCCGAAGUGUUGUUGAACCAAUCCGCAACAUUGUCAGAAAGAAUAACUUGGACUUUGGUUUCAAGGAAGCAGAAUGCUUCAAGAUCGAUACAGCGAACAAGAAAGUCCACUGCAAACCCACCCAAAAUAAUAGCAUGGGUGGUAAAGAAGAGUUCACUGUUGAUUAUGAUUACCUCGUGAUUGCCAUGGGAGCACGUGCAAAUACUUUUAACACCCCUGGUGUCGUUGAAAAUGCCCAUUUCUUGAAGGAAGUAGAAGAUGCUCUGAGAAUCCGGAGGAGCAUAAUCGACUGUUUUGAAAAGGCAAGUCUCCCAAGUGUAAACGAGGAGGAAAAGAAAAGGAUUUUGCAUUUUGUUGUGGUGGGAGGUGGGCCCACAGGGGUGGAGUUUGCAGCUGAGCUUCAUGAUUUUCUCCAUGAAGAUUUGAUAAAGUUAUACCCUGAUCUUGAAAAGUACAUCUCCAUUACACUGCUGGAGGCAGGUGAUCACAUAUUGAACAUGUUCGACAAAAGAAUUACUGCUUUUGCUGAAGAAAAAUUCCAAAGAGAUGGAAUUAGUGUGAAAUAUGGAUCAAUGGUGGUUAAAGUCGCUGACAAAUCAAUCACUCUUAAAGAAAGAUCAAGCGGCGAAACUAAACAUAUUCCUUACGGAAUGGUUGUUUGGUCAACCGGAAUCGGAACUCGCCCAGUCAUCACCGAUUUCAUGAAGCAAAUUGGCCAGGGAAACAGGCGAGUUAUGGCAACUGAUGAAUGGCUUCGGGUUGAAGGAGUACCGAAUGUGUAUGCUCUUGGUGAUUGCGCCACCAUAAAUCAACGUAGAGUAUUGGAGGAUAUUGCCGCGAUAUUUAGUAAGGCAGAUAAGAGCGGGAGUGGAAAGCUGAACGUGGAGGAUUUUAAUGAAGUGAUUAAAGAUAUCAUCGAAAGGUAUCCACAAGUGGAGAUUCACUUAAAGAGUAAAAAACUGAAGAAUUUUGUCCAGUUGUUGGAGACUCAUCAAGGUGAAUCUGCGAAACAAACAACUCUUGAUAUUGAAAAGUUCAAAUCAGCACUUUCUGAAGUGGAUACUAAAAUGAAAAGCCUUCCUCCAACAGCACAGGUGGCGGCUCAACAAGGGGAAUACUUAGCUGAAUGUUUUAAUAGGAUGAAGGAGUGUGAUGAGAAUCCUGAAGGUCCGAUUAGAUUCAGAGAUUCUGGUCGCCAUCGUUUCAAACCUUUCAGGUAUAAGCAUCUUGGGCAGUUUGCACCACUGGGUGGUGAACAAACUGCGGCCCAACUUCCCGGGGAUUGGGUUUCUAUUGGUCAUAGUACGCAGUGGCUGUGGUACUCUGUGUAUGCCAGCAAGCUAGUGAGUUGGCGCACUAGGUUUUUGGUGGUGGGUGACUGGGGGAGGAGGUUUGUUUUUGGAAGGGACUCCAGCAGAAUCUAAAUAAUACAAUGCCUACCUACCUACCUGCCUGCAUCAUCAUCAGCAAAUUGGGAAGGAGGAUAUGUUUGUCAUUUCACUUUUUCUUUUUAAAGUUUAUUAUGUAUUUUUAUUAUGCAUUAUAUAAGGUUCUAUUACAGGGCAAAAUCAUUGUUGCUGUAAGAGAGAAUUUGCAUUUUGCAAAAUUUUGUAACGUGAGGUGUAUUGCUCUUCACAUUGAUUGUUUUGGUUUUGUUAGCAGGUGGC